AUGUCCGAGUGGCAAUUCACGCACAUCCGUGUCCAAGUGUCAACCACACGUCAAACAUCGAACAUACUCGCACUUUUGCUCUUACCCCUACUAUGUGCUGUUGGUUUGUUGGGCAAUUUGCUUGUCUGUAUUGCUAUUUAUUUUGAUCGUCGCCUACACAACGUCACCAAUUACUUCCUGUUUUCACUUGCUCUCGCCGAUCUCCUCGUUUGUAGUAUUGUGAUGCCGUUGGGUCUACUCGUCGAAGUACGACACGUGUGUUUACUGUACGUGUAUUCGGAUGUAUUCCUGUGCACGGCAAGUAUCGUGCACAUGUCCAUGAUAUCGCUCGAUCGUUUUCUGGGCAUAUCGAAACCGCUCAAGAUUCGUCAUCAAUCACCCACGAUCACCACCAUGAAAAUCGCGUUCGUCUGGUUGAUCACAGUGCUAAUCUCGUGUCCGAUCGCAGUCGCUGCACUCUACGACCCAACCAACAUUCUACAGGACAACACGUGCGCCAUAUCGAAUCGUUACUACAUGGUUUACGGCUCAACGUUCGCGUUCUUGAUUCCGUUCAUAGUCAUGGUUGUCACUUACGUCAAAACCACCACUCUGCUCAACAAACAAGCGUCUCAGCUAUCGCAACGUGUCAGCGCUCGUUCCAACGGAUUGCGACGCACGUUGAUACAUCGCAAACUUGCCACUUCCCAUGCGGCACCGUAUGCUUAUUAUUUAACCAAUCAUUUGUUCACUCAUUCAAUGCCAAAGUAA